UCUCCUUUUCAAGUUUUAACCAAAUAAUUCCUCCAAUUCUGUGUUGUCACUCUGACCACCAAUGGCUGCUGCCUCCCUACACCACCGUUUUCUUCCCUAUCCAUUUUAUCUCUCCUCACAAUUCCGCCGCUGUCGAUCAAUCGCAGUCCCGAAACUCCCUCAUUUCCAACUCCAACCUCUAUUUCUUUUCGGUAAAAUUAGGAUUUUCGGCUCCGAUUUGAGAAAUGUUAGAACGGGGAAUCGUACUCUAUGUUGUUUUCGCAAAGCGAAUUUGCAAGCCGAUGAGGUCGAAGUUGAGGUUCAUCGUCCGUCUUUCGACAUUAAUCUUGCCGUCAUAUUAGCUGGUUUUGCAUUCGAAGCUUAUACAACUCCUGAUAACGUUGGACGCCAAGAAAAUGAUGCUGCUGAUUGUUCCACGGUUUAUCUUUCCGAGUCGUUUGUCCGAGAAAUAUAUGAUGGACAAUUGUUUAUAAAGUUGAAGAAAGGCUUUAAUUUCCCAGCCAUGGAUCCAUGGGGGACAAGCGAUCCAUAUGUUGUCAUGGAAUUUGAUGGUCAAGUUCUCAAGAGCAAAAUAAAAUGGGGGACAAAAGAUCCAACGUGGAAUGAGGAAUUCAUUUUAAAUAUCAAGCUUUCACCAAAUACCUUUCUUCAGGUCGCAGCUUGGGAUGCAAAUCUUGUCACACCACACAAGCGCAUGGGAAAUGCUGGUGUUCAUUUGGAAGCCUUAUGUGAUGGAAAUUCACAUGAGUUGAUGAUGGAAUUGGAUGGCAUGGGAGGUGGUGGAAAGAUACAACUAGAGAGAGUGAAAGAUAGCUGGAGAGUAGUGAACCACAGAGACAUCAUACCAACUGUCCCUCGCUUGAUGGGUUACUGUCAUGUAGCUCAGCCUGUUUAUCUGUCUGCUGGAGAUCAGGAGAAUGCUCCAGAACAUGUCAAGCUCUCUGGAGAUGGCUAUCAAGGGGAUGUGAUUGGGGAAGCAACACCUGAAGUUUUAGUCAGUGAAUUUAUGAAAGGUGAGAAAGAAUUAGUGGACAGAAUACUUCAGACCGAGAUAAAUAUUUUCCGGGCAAUUAGAGAUGGGAGCGCAUUGAUGCAACAUAUGGAGGAUUUCUACUAUAUCUCACUGUUGGAGAAUGUGAAGUCAAAUUAUCAAACUGCUUGUGUGCCAGUAAGCAGGAAAGGAGAUGAUUUAUCUACCAGCUGAAACAGCACAAUGCUUAAUGGUUGGUUGUAAACUUUCAAGUUUCAAAUUAACCUAUUUUCAUGAACCAUCAAAGUUGAUUUUCGAUAAUGCUAUGGUGUCUGUAGGAAACCCGUUACUUGACAUGGGUUGCUCCACUUCUCUAUUUUGCAUACCGGUAUAUAGAAUACUUAUUUUAAAAUAGCAGAGCAGGAGGAGCAAGAGGGUCAUGUCUAUUCAACUAGAAAAGAGCAGACACAUUCUAUUGGACUGUUCUGCUUGUGCAGCUUCCCGAUGCUAGACAUGAUUCUGCUGUUUAGCUUAUUUACCUUCAGUUGUAGAUAUGAUUCUGGACAAAUCUGAAUAUUGGAAUAUUGCCCUGAUAAACAGCAGCUGCCCAACGCACCAUACUGUUUCACUUGUGGUGCUCUCUCACAAUAUGAGUGUGGAUGUUGUUUCUCUAUACACUCACACUUUGAGACUUGCACUGUUAGUAUCCUCAUGUCUGCUUUGUAAAUGUACUUGACGUAUAGUGCUGUAUAGUGCUUCAAACUGAUGAUAUUUGUAUAUUAUCAAUAGCAACCAGAAAAGUUCGUUUAUAUAUUUGCUAUUGACGAGUUAUUUGAGUGUGAAAUAAUGGGGGAGAGAUCCGAUUAUGUAGCAGUAUGCCUCAGUUCUCUUUUUCUCGAGAAAUUCGUUUGAGAUA